UCCACUGGCUGGGGGAGCUGCCAAUCUGUGUUGUAAUCCUGCAGGAAUUUCUGCGGGGUUUAACUGGGAGCCGCGCCGCCGCCGCCGAGCACUCGGGGCGGAGGGCGGGCGGGGAAGAGGGAGGGAGGGAGGACGGAGGGAGGCAGCCGGAGGAGCAGCAGCAGCAGCACCCUCAGCAGCACCUUCAGCACCCUCAGCAGCAGCAGCAGCCGCCUCAGCAGCAGCCUCAGCCCCGGCUUUGGGCAGCUUUGUGCCGCCGGGCGGAGCGGAGGGGGCCGGAGGGCGGCAGCGGCUUUUUGGGCCCCGCGCCCCCCCCCUCCCACCCCAGCCCGGGCGCUGCCGAGCGGCCGCGGCCCCGCUUUUCUCCUUUGUGCCGGGCCCCGCGGGAAUAAUGCGGGGCGUGUGGCUAGCGCUAGCCCUCAGCUUCGUGGCCUGCGCCUCCGGGCAGCCGAGAGCAGAUUUGACCUCUGAUAAGGAUUUAUACCUGGACAACAGCUCUGUUGAAGAAGCAUCAGGCGUCUAUCCAAUUGAUGAUGAUGAUUAUUCUUCUGGGUCAGGUUCAGGUGCUGAAGAAGAUGAGGAUAGCACAGUGAUAACAACAUCCAGAACAGUUCCAAAGUUACCAACAACUAGUGAUGCAUCUAGAGCUGAGACCACCACGGUGAAAAUGCAGACCAAGAUGCCUGCACAAACAAAGUCACCUGAAGAAAUCGAUAAAGAGGAAAGGCCUGAGGUGGAUGCCAAGAAAAAGAGUGACGAGCCAGGGGAUGACACUGACGUGUUCACCGAAAAGCAUUCAGAAAACCUAUUCCAGAGAACAGAAGUUCUGGCAGCUGUUAUUGCUGGCGGAGUUAUCGGUUUUCUUUUCGCAAUCUUCCUUAUCCUGCUGCUGGUAUAUCGCAUGAGAAAGAAGGAUGAAGGCAGUUACGACCUUGGUGAACGUAAACCAUCCAGUGCUGCCUAUCAAAAGGCACCUACUAAGGAGUUUUAUGCAUAAAAUUCCUAUUAGUGUCUCUAUUUAUGAGAUCACUGAACUUUUUUAAAUAAAGCUUUUGCAUAGAAUAAUGAAGAUCUUUUUUUUUUUUUCAUUAAAGAGCCAUUACGGCACCUUUAUGAUAAAAUCCCAUUGUAUUUAAAACUUUUCAUGUAUUCCUUUAAAAAAUGUAAAAUUAAAACUUAACAUUUGCAGUGUUCUGUGAAUAACAGUGGCAAAGCAUUAUUUUAUAAAACCAUUGAUGUUCACUGAAUCAUUUUUAAAACUUUAUGCAUAAAUAUAAAAUAAUGAAAAUGAUUGUUUUAUCCUAUGGUUCAAUGAAAGUUGUUUAAUUUUUGUCAGCAUGUCUCAGAUUGAUCUUACAAGUUAGUUUUUAUUUCAUUAAUUUAUCUGUUUCCAAAAAAAAUGCCUUUUUGUAGUUGUCAUGGUGCAAUUUGUCUUCAGAUAAUUCAGAUAACAGUAACUUUUAGUGUAAAUGUAAUUUUUCAGCUAUGUAAACUUUAACCUCCACUUUGUAUAAAUUUAAGUGUCAGAAUAUCAAUUUUACACUUUGCAUUGUUUCUCAGCGUACCUGUAGCUUCAGUGAGAUUUGUAACAGCAAAUUAAUGUGUAAAAUUGGAUUAUUACUACAAACUGUAUAGUCGUAUUCUUACUAAACAAAUCUCCUGUGAGGAAGAUUUGAGGUAAGCUACUGACAAACCUAAGCAAACCCAAAGACUCUAACAGUAUUUUGAGAAGUUGCUGCAGAUUUCUAUGGCCACUGUAUUUGUUAAUUAUUUGCAAUUUGAAGGUACAAGUAGGGGUUUAAAUUUUUGUUCUUUAAAAAUGCAUUUAAGUUGUAAACGUCUUUUAAAGCCUUUGAAGUGCCUAUGAUUAUAUGUAACUUGUCGCAGACUGGUGUUAAUGAGUAUAUAACAGUAAAAGAAAAUGUUGGUAUUUUAUAAGCACAGACAAUUCUAAUGGUAACUUUUGUAGUCUUACAUGGAUAGACAUAAUUGUAAUUCGGGAACAUAAACACUACUGAAUAAAUCAUGUGGCCUAAUACUGAAAA